UACAUUACAUACUCUUUGGCCUGCUACCCAAAACAAAUGCACGUUUAUUAGUUAUACAUAUUUUUCUUUAUUUCAGUAUAGUAAAAUAACUAUUUUACGAAUAAUUUUGAUUAAGUAGAAAUCAAAAAGCUUGUUUUACACAUAAAUAUGGCUAGUGAAGCAGGCGAAGCACAGUUACAAGUUCGAUUUAUAACCAAACAAGAACAAUAUGCAGUUUCUCAUAGUCCAUAUGCAAUUCAAAGUAACAUUCAGACAGCAGAGUUGAAUACGUUAGUAAAUGCAUUAUUGAAGGAAAGUAACGUGACCUUAGAAAAGGCGGUAGAAUUUGAUUUUCUAAUAUGUGGAGAGUUGUUAGUGUCGACAGUCGCAGAACACUUGCAGGAGAAGGGUUUGUCGACUGAAGAUACUCUAGAGAUAGAAUAUUUGGAGAGAUUCCCUGCACCAAGUCCUCAAGAUUGCUUGAUGCACGAUGACUGGGUGUCCGCUGUACAUACACAUGGAAAUUGGAUCCUAUCUGGGAGUUAUGAUAACAGUGUUCAUAUUUGGAACACAAAGGGCCAACACAAACUUGCAAUACCUGGACACACUUCACCUGUUAAGGCUGUUUCAUGGGUAUCAUUUAAUGGCAACCAAGCAGUAUUCGUGAGUGGUUCCCAUGACCAAUCUGCGAUGCUAUGGGUUUGGAAUGUGUCGGGAAAUUCUGUAGACUGUGUGGUGACAUGCAGAGGCCAUGAUAAGGGUGUGGAGUGUCUCUCUGUGUCAGCCGAUGCUAACCGCUUUGCCACUGGCAGCUGGGAUAAUAAUGUCUGUCUUUGGAGCACAAGUCUUUCCGAUGAAGAUAAUGUGCCAGUAAAAAAGAAAAGUAAACCUGAACAAGGGAACAUUAGAGAACCUUUAACAACCCUAAAAGGUCACAGAGAGGCCGUGUCAGGGGUGCAGUGGAUGGAUCAUAACACAGUAGUGUCUAGUGGAUGGGACCACUUGAUCAAAAUAUGGGAUUGUGAACUCGGCGGUCUUAAACAGGAGAUUGCGGGUAACAAAGCAUUUUUUGAUGUGGACUGGUCACCAUUGAGUAACAGCUUAAUAACAGCAUCUGCUGAUAAACAUGUACGACUCUACGAUCCCAGAUCGACAGACAGUAUCGUGAAAACAACAUACACGUCACACACCGGUUGGGUUCAGUCUGUGCGUUGGUCCAAAACAAGAGAUACACUGUUUCUCUCAGCGGGCUAUGACGGACAAGUCAAGCUAUGGGAGACGAGAAGUCCAAAAACCCCGCUAUACGAUUUAAGCGGCCACGAAGACAAAGUGCUGUGCUGUGACUGGACGAACCCCGCGCUGCUGGUCAGUGGCUCUUGCGACAACACACUGAGGAUAUUUAAAGCCAAGCACGCUACUGCCAACGCGUGAAAUGGUUAGUUUUAAUAUUUUAAAUACAUUUACUUUGUUGGCUGUAAAUACAGGGUGUAACUAAAACGCUAGCAAAAAACGAAGACAGGUGAUAGUACUGAUGAUUACUGAUAAGAUAUCAUAAAAAACAUCACGAAAAAAUUAAAUAAAAAACUCCUUUUAUUGAAAAGUUCAUAGUACAUUGCAAAUAAAACAUCUGACUGACGCUAGAGAUCAACGAACGUUCCGUCAAUAGGCCACUCGAAUUCACAGCCGCAUAGGUGGAGCAUUGACUUGAGUUUUGCACGCUAUACAAUGCGGGUUUGAAAAAUACUAAAUCAAUAAAACUACAAGAUAAAGCAAAUGAUUAUUAUUGGCAUUGGAUUGCGUUAAAGUAGUAAUAAUUAAUAACGCUAAGUUUUAGCUAGCGUUUUUGUUACACCCUCUAUUCAUUCCAAUGUUGGCCCAAUACUUUGAUAGCAUAGCACACUAUUUGUUAUACAUAUAGCAUGGCAUAUUAUUUUUCAUAGUUUUAUUCUACAAUAUUAACAGAUCAAAUCAAAGGAUUUAUUCAAAAUGGGUUUCAAUUGCACUUUUUGAAUAAUGAUGUAAUGAUGCUAAUUAAUUACGUUAACUUAAAAACUAAAGGCUACAGGCGUAAGGCAGGCUAUAGGCUAUUAUAAAAGCAAUACAUAUUAAAAUUUGCAUUUUUCAAAUUGAAAAUGUAACAUUAUUACGCACAUAAUCGUAAAUGAUAGGUGGGCCAAUAUUGCAACAGUCACCUAAUAAUAAACAUUAAAUAAAAAAUAGGAACCAUAUCGAAAUUUUGUAGUAAAUAUGUACUAGGUUUAUUACAGUAAGAUGAAUAACUAAUUCUGUUGUGUGAAAUCUGGGUAUUGCUGUGUGCGAAAUGUAAGGUUUAUGAUGUAUACAUAGUCAAAAUAAUUUCUAAUAAAGUUAAA